AUGUUGUCUGACCCCGCAGAGGAUCCUGGCUUCUCGUCAUCCUCGCCCUUGACAUCACCAGUAGACGAGUCUGACCAUUCGCUGCCCCAUCCCCCGGACCUGAAGGAACAACAGAGCUUGCCGGGAUUAGAUGGAAAGCCCGUUCGCUGGUUUGAUGCAGACCGCUCGGAACCGUAUACGCACAUUACCCCCUUUCAGGAACAACAUGACACGAGUGUCGAGUUUUUCUACAAGCCGAUAACCUUAACCGCACUUGGGGUGGGGUUCGCGAUUCUAGCCUAUGUCGCGAUGACGCAGGACGUCUUGAAGGAAGGGGCGGAAAAGCAGAGAAUCGGCGUGUACGCCGUCAUCGCCUCGUUCCUGCUGUUCUCGAUGCUUCAGUUUCGGGACGGCCCAUUCAUUCGGCCCCACCCUGCAUUCUGGAGGGUCGUCUUGGGUAUCAAUUUGCUCUAUGAACUGGCACUAGUCUUCCUGCUUUUCCAGGACCUUGACUCGGCACGGUCGAUGAUGAAAUAUCUAGACCCCAAUCUGGGAAAGCCUCUCCCUGAGAAGAGUUAUGCCGAGAACUGUGACCUGACCGUCAAGAAUGUGUGGAACGCUAUAGAUAUAUUUUGUCUGGCUCACGCUCUGGGGUGGUUUGGGAAAGCCCUGAUCCUGCGUGACUACUGGUUCUGCUGGAUUCUGAGCGUUGCCUUUGAGUUCGCCGAGUAUAGUCUGCAACAUCAGCUUGCAAACUUUGCAGAGUGUUGGUGGGAUCAUUGGAUUUUGGACGUCUUGAUCUGCAACUGGCUGGGGACUUAUCUGGGCAUGAAGGCAUGCCAGUACUUCGAAGUAAAGGGUUACACCUGGCGCGGUUUCCGCCAAAGCCGGGGAAUCCGUUCGAAGACUAAGCGCGUCAUCAGCCAAUUCUCCCCUCAUGAUUGGACGACGUUCAAGUGGGAGGGAACGGCAUCGUUCGGCCAUUACUUGACUGUCGUUCUGCUCCUGGCUGUCUUUUUGGCGGCCGAACUGAACCCCUUCUAUCUGAAGGCAUUGCUCUGGAUGGAGCCUGACCAUCCAUUUGUUAUUGCCCGUUUAGCGGGGGUGUUCUUGUGCGCGCUACCAGCUGUGCGAGAAUUGUUCCAGUAUGUCAACGACCCAAGACGGGCCGUGCGAAUGGGGCAGCACGUCUGGUUAUUGCUUGCUACGAUUGCAACGGAAUUGCUGGCGAUCACAAAAUGGAGUCAAGGCCAGUUCCCCGAACCACUCCCUAGGACCGUCCGAUGGGCCUGGACCAUAGGCGCUGGGCUGCUGGUUCUCUAUCCCACUGUUCGGUUCGGAAUACCUGCGGCAAGGCGGUAUCUGCGACGCCAGCAACAUAAUUCGAAGCCCAAGAGCGCAUGAGGAGCGUGGAGGGGUACUAUGGGUUCCGUGACGCCGCUAUGCUGCGGGCAGACGAAUGGAAUGCGCGUGGUCUGGCGCGGCGGUGCGCAGAGAACGCGUCCGGAGGCAUUAACCUACUGUGUCUAUUCUAAUCACCAGGCACCAG